AACCAAGCCAACAUUACCACGAAGACGUUCAAGCCGCCAAAACACAGGAGCCAUCUGUGAACGUAUACGAAUUGCCACAUUAAUUGUGCUAUUAUCAUUCCGUCCCUUCAUUUGCGUCCGCUACCAAUUGCAAUGUUUGCCCUUCAACCCAAACAACAAGGCACAGACACCAAAGACAAUGAGCCUCUUCGCAAUUGCACACCAAAUAUUCUUCCCUGCCGGAUCCACCAUGAUGGACCUGUGAAAUCGCUCAACAGAUACUGGAUGCCUAUUGCAGAUGAUAAGGACAAAGAUCUUCAGACGGCAUACUUCCGGGGCCGGAGGCUACGAGGCAGACAGGUUCAGAUCCCUGAGGGGUAUGAGGGGGUUGUCGCGACGCAUACAGAUCGUGAGAUGCCAAAAGUUACGAACAGCGAAAGUACGAACGAGGAAGGUGAACAAGAUGAGCCAGUUAAGGUAUUAGAGAAGCAAACCACAUUUGACGAAUACGUGGUUUGGGGACACGAAACAAUUCCUGCUGCCGAUGAUACGUUCGUCAAGGGAGUAGAAGAGUGGGUGAAGUUCGCUGAAGCGAUACAUACUGAGGGUGGCGAGGGAAAGAAGUCUACAUGAACAGAUUGAUUUAAGCUCGUUGUUUCGAGUAUAUGAAGUCUACAUAUUGAGGGUCUAGCUGCGCCGCAAAACGUAAACCCCACCUCCCAAUCACUACGGCAGGGAUCCAACAGCAGGUCAUUUGCGAUCAAGCAAAUGCAUCAUCUAAACACGGGGAUCUCGGCUCCAGUGGUAUGAUGCUGGCCGUCAGCUCCAGGCCUCACGUAAAUCGCACCCUUGCGGACACAAGGCACGAGAAAGGAAACACUCACGACAAUUCUACAACCCUGAACCAAUGGCCACGGUCUCUCCAUUUUGACUUCUCCAAUCUCUAUAGCACGGAUCUUAUUUGUCAUGUUCGUGUGUAUAUAUAUGAAGCCUCGAAAACCAACCGUAAUUCAGAUUUGAGCUCUUUCUCUUUUUAUUUUAUUUUUCCC